GUGAUUCUGUCGGCAGCAUCGCGCACAGUGUGCGUGCUUAUACGGCUGACGCCUGGGCUUUACCGGUGCAGUGCGUCGUCCCUGGGCCGGGUGGCAUUCGGGGGUCCCGAGGACCGGGGCCCGCCCGCAGCUGAUUUUUAUAGUGUCAUAGUCAAAUGUAACUGAAUGUAGAAGCUGGACUCAGGAAGCAGCGUUUCUUAUCGUUGAAACUUCAUAACCAGAAGACACCUACAAGGUUUAUAGCUUCACAGAAUUUGGUAUCUUUUUCAGCCCUUAGUUGGAGGCAUCACCAGUUGUAUUGUUUUGAAAUAUACAAACCCAGGAACAUGAAUACUCCUGAAGUAGACUUUCUGAGAGAUCAAGUGCAGCGGUUAAAUGCUGUGCUAGCUCAGUACCAAGCAAUGCAGCUGCCCAGCUCUGCUAUUAAUGAGGUCAGCCAAUUAGAAGAACAUGAUCCUCCAGCACCUUGGCUCGUGGACAAAUGCCUUUUGGCACCUCUUGUAGCAGAAUAUGAUAAACAAUUGCAACAAAUGAAUCAGCAAUUGAAUUGUCACCAGGUUCGUAUGAAUGAGAUGAAAUUAAAGCUUGAAGUUGUUGUAAAAGAAAAUGAAAGACUGCAUGCAGAAUUACAGGAGACCAUUGAAAAACAGUUAGAAUCCCUACCUGCUGGUGCAAGCAUUGGUGAUGUUGACUUUACAGAAGGAGAAGUGGUGCAACGUCUGAAGAAACAGUUACAGCUUGCCAAUAAGGAAAAAGAGCUAGCCUUGGAGUUACAUCAAUCAGUUUCACAACAAUUAGACCAAAUGCAACAGAUGUACCAUGAUCGCAUCACAGUAACAGAGAAUCAUGUCUUCGGCCAACAGCAAGAGACUGAGCAGUUGGCUCACUUUCAACAACUAGCUCAGCAACUUAAAAUGACUAAUCAAAAAUUGAAAAUGACUAAUCAGCAGUUUAUUAAAACAGUGACAGAUCAGAAUUUAGAACUGGAGCAAAACCACAGAGAAUUGAGGAAAGCAAAGAUGGAAUUGCGAACAGCAAACUUGAAAAUAGAGGAAAUGAAUAAAAUGAUGCAAAGCAUGCAAGAGGACAUGCAGAGAAAUGAGCAGAAUGCUGCAGCUGCAUUGGGGAGAGAGGAAGCAUCAGACAAGCGAUUGCAACAGUUACAAUCUGCCAUAACCCAGUGUGAAACCAGAUUGCGGGCAGCUGUACAAACUUCAGAGCAGUUACAAAAGGAGAAAAUUAGUUUUGAGGUGCAAGUUCGUGAACUUAGGGAAAAAUAUACUCAGGCAGAAAAUGAGAAAUAUGUGGCAGUGGCCAAGGUUCGAGAAAGCAUGCAACUCCUUGAAGAAGCAAACUUGAAGAAAGAUCAGAUAUUACUACGUGAAAAACAAAAGGAUGAAGAAGUGGUAAAAGUGAAAGAAGCCAUGGUUCAGCUUGUUCAAGAAGUUGCUGCUCAAAUCAAAAAGGAGGUCGAAAAUGUCAGGAAACAAAGUAAUGUACAGAUUUCUCGUUUAACUGAGGAAUUAUCUGAUAUGCAAAUGAAUUGUGAAGAUAAACAAGGUCAGAUUGAACGAGCCAGAAGAGAGAAACGAGCUGUAGAAGAAGAACUUGAAAAGAUGUAUCGAAAUGGUGCCAGCAAUGAAGAAGAUCGCAGAAAAAUUGAUGAACUACACCAGCGAUGUUUGAAUGCAGAACGUUCAAAAGAUGGGCUCCAGAUUAGUCUACAAGCAGCUCAAAAUAAAAUCAGAAAACUUGAGAUGAAUCACGAGGAAGAGAUGUUUCGUUGCAAAGAAAUGGUCCAGAAACUGCAGAGCAGUCUGGAAAAUAUUCGUGGAGAUUGUGAUACAGUCAGUGAAGAACGGUUGAGGCUGCAGAGAGAAAAUGAGCAAAUUCGUAAAGAAAUGGAAGAAUUGAAGAAAGUUAGUCUGGACAUUCAAAGGAAAGCAAAACAACAGGUAGCAACUUUAGAACAUGAAUGCUCUGUGAAGGAACGUGGAUUUGAAAUUCAGCUACAGGAACUAGAGGACACUAAUAGGAAUUCAAACACUGAACUGAAACGUUUACUAGCAGCGCAGCAGAAAGCAACAAGUCGGUGGAGAGAUGAAGCAAGGAAACUAACUGAAGCCUUUGAAGUUAAACAAAACAAUCUUAAGACUGAACUUAGUCGACAGAAACAACACUCACAAGAAUUGGGUUCUCAGCUAGAUGUCAUGCAUGAGAAAAUGGCAGAGUAUGAGAAACAGCUGUCGGAAAGUCAGGAAAAAAUUAACAGACUUCAAAGGCGGCUGACCCACUCAGAGAACAGAGCAGCUACAGCCUCUCAAAAGCUCAGCACAGUCACAAGAAGAAAAGUUGACACACUCUUUGAUCUGGAGAGCAUUUUAAAUCACUGAAUACUUCCUCUUCCAGAACAAUUAGACUUCCAACCUGUGCAAUAGUGUCAAUUGUGGAAACAACCAAAAAUCCAGGUCUGCAUUCCAAGCCAUUAACUGAAUUUAAAUGUUGUAAGAUGUUUACAUAAAAUCUUGAUCAGAGUUCUUAGUGUGAAUUGACAUUGUUAAAUGAACUGGUCUUUCUAUAUCUAAUUUACAGAUGGAUUUUUUUUUUGAAGUUCAUAAAAUUGCAAAAUCUAAUGGGGUUCUGCCAGUGUUGCAGUUUGGUUAGAUGUUUAUUCCAAGUCACAGGAACAAGUAUGACUUGUUAAUCCUUCAGAAUUGUCACAUUUUUUCUUAAAGCUUUAAAAGAAAUUGAGGUUUCAACUCUGCAAAAUGUGAUCUAGAAAUUCUAAUUCACCCUUUUCCAAGACCACAAAGUAAAAUUCAAAGUUACUGAUCUCAAUUCCUGUGAAUUUGUGGAAAGGUUGGACAGGUGAUGUGGAAAUAGUUCAUAUCCAAUUGAAAUAAGUAGUCAUUGGAAAAGGCAGUGGAAUUCAACAAAGAAUCUGGAUUACCUCCAAGAAUGCAACUCAAGGCUGUGGAUCAAAAGCUGAAAACUGGAAUUACCCUAAAUAAUUAAAUUUUGGACAGCAUGGGCUGAAUUACUUCCUUGGGAACUGUAGAUUUGUUUUUAAAACAGUGGAAUACAUUCAAAAAUAUUGAUUUUUUUUUUGGGAGAAGAUACUUCCAAAUGCUUACUUUCCUGUGUGGUUUUGGAAGACCUAUCUUGGCCAAUUUCCCUUUUUUUCCCCCCUCGUGUGUAUAUGCUGCUAUACAAAAUAAAUCAAUGUUUCUGUUUUAGCACAAACAUCUUGCCUUAUGCUAUUGUUGGCCAUGACAAUUUAACCUGCAGACAUUCUAUUUAAAUGAUGCAGUUUUUCUUCUUUAUUAUUUUAUGGGCUCCCAAUUGAAACAAUUUGAAAAUGAAAGUGUAGUUUGUUUUUAAGAACUGUAAUGAUAUAAAAAUUUGAAAGAUACGGUGUUUUAAGAAAUACUGGACAACUUGUUAAUGUCCAGUCCUGAACCUGUCAAACUAGAACCAUUUACAAGUGUAUUGUAAUUCUCAAGUUGAAAUAUCUGAAAAUAGAAAUGUUGCCUACUGCUAUGUUUGUCCCAUGAAUUUAAGUCAGUGCUUUGUAAAAAGCAGUCAGGUGAUUGUAGCACAGUUUCCUUUCUGGUUCUAUUUUUACAGCCAAACACCUCCCCCCACCCCCCACCCCCCCCAACAACCCCACCAUAAAAGGGUAUUGCUUAAACCUUUGAGAUCAGGAACAAUUGUAUUUUUUAGUUGUAGACACUUGGAAAUUAAUUAGUGCAAUUAUUUUUGCGCUUCAUUAGCCACCACAUUCUUUUUCAUCCUAACUAGAUAUCAUUCUUCCUGUAUGAUACCAGUCAAAGCUGUGGAAUUUCCCAUGUAACAGGCAGCAUGAGAGCACCAUCAUCUUUUAGGUAACGAUGCCUUACAAAAGUCCAUUAACAAUCUAUUGGAAUGAUGCUGUAUUAUGGUGGUGUUUUAUGUAAAUUGGUCUAGUUGCGAGCUGAUCCACUUAUGCCAUCUAAACAAAAGAUGCUGUAUACCAGGGAUUCCCAACCUUUUUUUAUGCCAUUGACCCUUACUGUGGACCCCAGAUUGGGAACCUUGACUGUAGGCCUGGUUUCUACUCCACUGUUUGAAAUGCAGAUAUUAGGGCAUGGCUAAGGUUUACAAAGUUUUGGAAGCUGCCAUCCAGCAACUAAACUGGAGUUGUCCUAACAAACUCCAGAAUUUCAUUCUGGAGAAUUAUGAGAAUUUUAAGUACAAAAAGUUGCUUAAAGUUUCAAAGUAUGUAUUUUUGUACUUAAAAUCUAUUUAUUUAUUUAUAUACACCUACACAUUUUUAUUUUUAUAUAUACACACACACACAUAUACAUUUUAUAAACACGUAUCUGGUACUAAACCUUAAGUUUUUCUCAUUUGAAUAGUCCAAUGAACAUGGGCAUCCCAGGUCAGACAUCAUUAAUAUGAGGCACAAGAGCUUCAGUCAACCGCUUUGGCUUUCAAAAUGCUAUUUAUUAAAUGUGUGGGUCUUAUUGCUGAGAUGGGGGAGGAAAAAGGCUCAGCCAUGAUUAAGUGGUGAAGCAGACACUGGACCAACUGGCCUAAUUCUGCUCGUAUAUUUUAUGGUAUUUUUUGAAUUGUUAGGUUUUAAAGUUCAACAUUUUUUUUUUGCAUUCCUCCCCAUUCCAAUUUGUUGUACCCUUUCUCUUCAGUGUUCAACUUAAUUCAGUACAUACAGUAAUAGCUGUUUGCUCUGCUCUCUAUGGAACCAGGUGCUUGAUCUUAUCAUUACAUUAUACUAAAACAUCUACAAACAAGUGAAUAAAUCAUAGCCACAAUUGCAAAAUAAGGACCUAAAACUGUGCAACCAAGGGGAAAGAUAAACACAGAUUCUGUAGCUGCUUGAAAUCCAGAACAACACACACAAAAUGCUUAGGAACUCAGCCAGUUAGGCUGAAUGAAUAAAAAUGAAUGGAAAUAAAUACACAGUUGAUGUUUUGGGCCAAAACUUUUCAUCAGGACUGGAUAGUAGGAAGGGGGGAAGAGAGGAGUACAAGAUUGAAGGUGAUAGGAUAUGUAUCUUAAGAGUUACAGUAAAAUGGACUUAAAAACAGAUUUUUAAAAAUCCAGUUCUGCCUGUUUCUUUUUCCAAUUUAGCAAAGGUGGAUUUUGUACAGUAAAAUUUUGUUUUUACUCUUGGCCAUUCAUUGUUAAAUGACCUUUAACAUCUUUGACUGGAUCCCAAAGUGCUACGUGCUUGAAAACAAAUAAAAAAAACUGGACUUGCACACUUGAGAUUAUGGACAGUCCCUGGCAUUGCCAAACUAAAUACAUUGCUACUGUAAAUCAACAGCUGAAAGGCUAACCUGAAUGAGAGGAGAUGGAAAAGAGGUAGUCAGUGAAGUAACACACAGGAUGCGAGAAGAACAAGAGGGUGGAGUAAUAUGUUUUUAGUUUGAGGUUCAGGUAUCCAUUACAUUUCUUCUGACUGAAGGCAGUGAAGUGUUGAUCCAUCACACUUUAUCUCAAAUCCCUGCCACAGAUUUUAAAAUAUGUAUGGUUAAGUGGCAAACAGACUCCUGGAUUAGUGGACACCAGAAACUUGGUUCAUUUGCCAGUUUUUUUUAAAACACAGUGAACACAUUAAUCAUAUUUCAUGUAAUUUACCUAUAAAAUACAAGAGGGAUUACCAUAAUCUUUAACGAUAAAACACACAUCAAAAGUUUAUAUUAUCGUUGAACUUUACUGGGGAGAAAACAAACAUAUACAUUUAUUGCAUGGUGCAAUCUGGUACAUAUGUCUUUAAAAGCACAGUGCUUUAUUUCAGUGCUCCCACAAUACUUGUAGAAAAAGUUUCCUAUACAAGAAUUGGAAACCUACAAUGUUCUAACCUAGGAGACAAGAUGCUACCAUAAAAAGGAAUUAACAUCCAGCAGAGAAAGCAUAUUUAGAUUAAAUAACUUGACUAAGAUUCAAAAUCCUGUUGUGUUGCUUUGCAUAGGAAAGAUAUGUUGAAGUAUCUAUGAAAAUAAUUUCCCUGAUGCAACAUAUUAAAAUGGUAUAUUUUCUAACAGCACUGCCUUAAAAAUCCAGAUUCAUUGUUAUUAAACCUUUUAAGCAAAAUCUCAAUUUAAGAAAAAUUACAGAUACAUAAAAGACAGUGUGCAAGACCCUUAUUUUUGUUACUCUGGCCUCUUAAGGCCCACAAAGAAGCCCAGUGUCUCUCUCUGUUGGUUCCAGAUGAGAUUUAAGUCUGAGAAAUAUUUUACAGGUUGAUGUACCAUUCUCAUACUACUAAUUUAAACUCAACAUAUCAAACACAAAAAGGCACAAUUCAUCUAAGUAUAUUCAACAUUCAGAGAACACAACUUUAUCUUUUAAAAGUAGUUUUAUAAAUAUUAUACAAGAAAAAUAAAUACAUCAAAGAGCCAGGUAAUUUAAAAUAGUCAUCUCUAUAUAAAUUUUAUUUCUGCUUUUAUUUCCAUGCUCUUUGUAACUAAAUGGACACCAGUUAAACUUUGCUAGGCACAUGGUGAUAGGUUUCUUCUGUACAACACCACACUGCAAAGUUUGUUCAGCAGGUCUGUACGGAACAAUCAAAAAGGGGAUAUGUAAAAACUAACCCCUUUACAUCACUUCAGUUUAAUAUUAUGUACGCAUGCCAGUAGCAACUACACAGUAGCUCAACUAGCUAAUGUUAAACUACAAACUACAGAAUACAAAAAUCAUAAUUUAAGAUCAAUCUUGACAAAUAAGCACAAUUGGGGGAAAAAUAAAAUUUUAAACAUGAAACUGUCAGUCUAAGUAAUGGUCUUUAAACAAACCAUUGUACUCAAACUAUUAAUUUCCUGUCUAUUUCUACCCAAGAGAUUAUUUAGUGCAGGUGUAAAACGGUUAAGCAUAAAAUUAAUGACUGUUUCUUUUGUACAGCACAAUGUGACAGUACCUGCAUGUUAAACACUAAAAAUAAGAUUAAAAUGCUCCAAAUAUUUCAAACUAAGUUGCAUAUCCAAGAUGCAUAAAUACUCAAACAUGUAAGCUAAAGACCCUUCUACAAUUUGUUACAAAUUUAAUACAUAGCUAUUGCACUGAGUAAGGAUUAGAAAAGGCCACUUAAAAUUAAAUAUACAUUUCAAUAUUGGUAUUUUUGAAAUGCAUUACAGCACAUGAAUUCAAUACAGUGCAUGCAACACUAUGUAUUAAAGUUUAUGUAGAGUUUUCAAACCUCAAGAUAUUUUUUAACAAAUUUCUAGGAGAUUGAAAUGUUGGAACUUUAAAUAGGUUUCCCCUAAAUUACUAAAAACAGCUAUUUUGUAUUUUGAGGGUCAUUGGGUUGACUAUGUCAGUAUUUCUUUGUGAAUAAGAACAGUAGAUUUAGCUGUGCUUUGAGACGUCAAACCCCUUUUUAAAAUCUCUGGUGGUUUUCAUGUUCAAACAAGACCAUUCUUGCCAAACAUAAUCCCAGUUAAACCAUACUAGACUUUAAACAGAACUUGUAAUUAAAAAGUAGAUUACAAAUGUGAUUGACUAUUUUCGUACUUACUGAAAAACUCUUUAGUGCUGCUGUUAUACCCCUUCACUGGUGUACAAAGAAAUCUUAAUGAACAUAAUGACACAGAUUACCAAAGUAAUGUGGCUGCUCCAUUGUGGGUUCAUACAAUAUACUGCAGGUUAGUCUUUGAGGGAAGGAGGGAGAAAUCAAAAUGGUGAAUUGGAUAUGAUUUAGUGCCUCAUGGUAAUACUGAUGCAUCACAUAUUCAGAGCACCUUUAAUGCUGGGACCACUAUGGAUAGUGUGCCAUCAUCCUAUAUUGAACUUAAAAAGUUUAUGUAGUUUUCUUCUCAGCCCUCCUACUUAAUUGUUGGAAUGGGUUAUUCUGCAAUGCACAUCCUUUAUAACAGUAUGUGAGUGGCAUACAAUUCAAAUAUGUGGAAUGGGUUAGUAGCAUUUUUUUUUAAAAACUAAAAUAAAGGUAAUACGUGCAUGGUGCAGACAUAAGAUCUUUUUAAAUGUAAAGGACUAAUAAUCUUAAUAAUUAACACAAACUAAAUGAAUUGCACUCAAGCUUUUUUAAGAAAGGAAUAAAACAGAAACACAACUCCACAUAUUCAUUAAGUUGCAAGAAAUCCUUGCACAUACUUUGUGCAGAAAUUUAUGAAUCAAACGGGGUUCCUUCCUGCUAGAACUGUAUAUCUGAACCUCUCACUGCUUCCGCCUGACCACUUUCAGAUCAGUUGAACACUUUGAAGUGAAGAACUCUGCAAUGACAAUUUAAUACUGUUGAUUACUGGAUUUUCCAAUUUAACAAACUGAUAGUAAUAUCUGCUGGAUCAGAAUUUGCUGCAUUUACUUUUCAAUUUUGUUUUGCUCAAAAUACUAGAUAAAACUUGCUGAUUUUUAAAGCUAUUUUUUUUUAGCGUGCUUAAAAGAUCAAAAAUGAAAUGUGUACUAAAUGCUCAACCACUGGGAUUCCAAGUUAAUUUUCUUUUAAUAAAGUGUUUAAGGUUUUGAA